AUGAUACAGCUAUGUAGGAUUUUUACAUCCAAAACGACCAAGAACCCAGGGAGACUUUUCCAUGGUUGUCCUAAUGGUAGUGAAGAGGAUAAGAAUCAUUUGUUCAAAUGGACGGAUGAGUCUGCUGUGGAGGAAAUUGAUGAUAUGAAGAGCUUGUAUGAUGACAAAAUCGGCCGUUUGGAGCUUCAGUCUCAGAGAUGUGAAGAUGUAGUGAGAAGCUAUGAAAAAAAGAUUGAAGAUUUGGGUGAUGCUUUGGCUGGGUUUGAAAAAGAGAUGAAGGAGAUGAAAGAGUUGGUUCACGGGUAUGAGAAAGAUGUGAAGAGCUUGAAGAAGAUGGUAGUUUGUGGAGUUGGAAUGAUGAUUGUGUACUACUAUUUUGCUAUGUACUAAUGUGCAAGAUUGCAAUGAAUUGUUUCAGUUUCAGUUACAAUAUGUUUGUCGGAUUGGUUGUUUUUCAAGGGGUUAACAGCUUCUGUUAUAAGAUAAGAACUAUUUUAAACA